AUGAAUCAAUUAUCGAUGCCUCGUUCUUUUAACAGCUUUUAUAGGCCAUCAUUUUAUAAUAAAAGACAUGUUUCGAAUACAACAUUGAAUUCUAUUUCAAGAUUUAAUUUAUCUACCUUUCCAAGUUUUGAUUAUAGCAAUGACAAUUCAAAGUUUGUGAGCUAUGAAUCUAGUGGAUCUAGCGAUGUUGAUACCAUUACUGAGCGAGAUGACCGUAGUUAUGGUAGUGUCGACGUUGAUAAUCAUGACAAAGAUAUGAUUAAUAUAGAACGCGACUUAAUUGAGGAUCACAAGACAGAAAUGGAUGAAGUUAAAAUCAACAGUGAUCCCUCGAAGAAUAUUGAUGAUACAAAAACAAACGAUUCAAAUACGAAGAAAUUACGAAAAGAUAAAUUUAUUUGCAAUAUGUCAAGUUGCCAGAAAAUGUUUUCCUCACAUCGAGGUCUUCAAGUGCAUAAAAAGGUACAUAAUGUCACAUGUAGUGUAAUAGGAUGCGGAAAAAGAUUUUUAAAUAUGAGGGGCUUGUUAAAUCAUAUGAGGAUUCAUAGCGUGAGAAAAUCCAAUCCCGUUCAAAGAUCAUUCAGAUGUAAUUGGCCAGGUUGUGAGAGUAGAUUUGCGAAGAAAUAUACUUUACAAAUGCACUUGAGGAUCCAUACUGGUGAAAAACCAUUUGAGUGUGAAUGGUCAAGUUGUCACAUCAGAUUCUCAAAGUUAUAUAACUUGAAAUGUCACGAGAGGAUCCAUACUGGAGAGAAACCUUUCCAAUGUACUUGGAAAGUUUGUGGAAAGUUCUUUUCUCAACAACGAAAUUUAAAAGAACAUAUCAGAAUUCAUACUGGAGAAAGACCCUACAUUUGUAAUUGGUUAAAUUGCGGAAAGAGAUUUUCCCGUAAAUCUGCUUUAAACGCCCACAGAAGGACUCAUACUGGAGAGAGACCAUACAAAUGUGAUUGGGCGAAUUGUGGAAAAUGUUUUUCACACUUAUAUACCUUAAAAUGCCACAAGAGAAUUCACACCGGUGAAAAACCAUAUAAAUGUGAUUGGAAAGGUUGUGAAAGAAAAUUUUCUCGUAGAAGCAACUGUAUACAACAUUUGAGAUUUCACACAGGAGAAAGACCAUAUAAAUGCACUAAACGGGGCUGUGGUAGAAGAUUCACUCGAGCUUUUGCAUGUAAAAGACACGAAAAGAAUUACCAUGGUAUUUCAUUAAAACGCCGCAUCGAAAAAUAA